GGAAGGACACCGAGCGGAAGGCGGGAGGAGGGAACAGCCGGCGGCGGAGGCAGCCCCUGAACAGGCCGGCUGCGUGCAGACCGGAGUCCCCGUGGUUCAGUGAGUGUCCGGACACCGGCCCUCCGCAGCCGAGCCCACUCGAAGACUCACCCCUCGCGCUUCCGGGAGCCGUCGCGAGCCAGUGCGCCUGCGCGCCGACCGACCCGCGCGCCUCGCUGAUCGGGACCCGGCCGGCGGCAGCCUGACCGUCCGGUGUUGCUUGGCGGCUCGGCUCGGCUGCGCAGCUGCGGGCAGCAUGUCGCGGAGGCGGCACAGCGACGAGAACGAUGGUGGACAGCCUCACAAAAGAAGAAAAACCUUUGAUGCAAAUAAAACGGAAGAACAUUUGGAAUUUUUAAUAUGCAAAGUAGGAGAAAAGAGUGCCUGCUCUUUGGAGAGCAAUCUGGAAGGUUUGGCUGGUGUUUUGGAAGCUGAUCUUCCUAACUACAAGAGCACGAUCUUAAGGAUUCUUUGUACAGUUGCACGUCUGUUACCUGAGAAGUUGACAAUUUAUACAACACUAGUUGGACUGCUGAAUGCCAGGAAUUACAACUUUGGUGGAGAAUUUGUAGAAGCUAUGAUUCGCCAACUUAAAGAGUCACUAAAAGGAAACAAUUAUAAUGAAGCUGUAUAUUUGGUCCGUUUUUUAUCUGAUCUUGUGAAUUGUCAUGUGAUUGCUGCCCCAUCAAUGGUUGCUAUGUUUGAGAAUUUUGUAAGUGUAACUCAGGAAGAAGACGUGCCUCAGGUGCGACGGGAUUGGUAUGUGUAUGCAUUUCUGUCAUCUUUGCCCUGGGUUGGAAAGGAAUUGUAUGAAAAGAAAGAUGCAGAGAUGGACCGCAUCUUUACCAACACAGAAAGCUAUCUUAAAAGACGCCAGAAGACUCAUGUGCCCAUGUUACAAGUAUGGACUGCUGAUAAACCACAUCCACAAGAAGAGUAUUUAGAUUGCCUGUGGGCCCAGAUUCAGAAAUUGAAAAAGGAUCGGUGGCAGGAACGGCACAUCCUAAGACCUUACCUUGCCUUUGACAGCAUCCUCUGUGAAGCACUACAGCACAAUCUCCCUCCUUUUACGCCACCUCCUCACACGGAAGAUUCAGUGUACCCAAUGCCCAGGGUCAUUUUCAGAAUGUUUGAUUAUACUGAUGAUCCAGAGGGUCCUGUUAUGCCAGGGAGUCAUUCAGUGGAGAGGUUUGUUAUAGAAGAGAAUCUCCAUAUUAUCAUAAAGUCUCACUGGAAGGAAAGGAAAACUUGUGCUGCGCAGCUGGUGAGUUAUCCGGGAAAGAACAGGAUCCCCUUGAACUAUCACAUAGUUGAGGUGAUCUUUGCCGAGCUGUUUCAGCUUCCAGCACCCCCUCACAUUGAUGUGAUGUAUACAACACUGCUCAUUGAACUGUGUAAACUUCAGCCGGGCUCCUUACCCCAAGUUCUUGCACAGGCAACUGAAAUGUUGUACAUGCGUUUGGACACAAUGAGUACUACAUGUGUAGACAGGUUUAUUAAUUGGUUUUCUCAUCAUCUCAGUAACUUUCAGUUCCGUUGGAGCUGGGAAGAUUGGUCAGAUUGUCUUACUCAAGACCCUGAAAGCCCCAAACCAAAGUUUGUAAGAGAAGUUUUAGAAAAAUGUAUGAGGUUGUCUUACCAUCAGCGUAUCUUAGAUAUUGUUCCUCCUACCUUCUCAACUCUAUGUCCUGCAAACCCAACCUGCAUUUACAAGUAUGGCGAUGAAAGUAGCAAUUCUCUUCCUGGACAUUCUGUGGCACUCUGUUUGUCUGUUGCCUUUAAAAGUAAGGCAACCAAUGAUGAAAUCUUCAGCAUUCUGAAAGAUGUACCAAAUCCUAACCAGGAUGAUGAUGAUGAUGAAAGGUUCAGUUUUAACCCACUGAAAAUAGAGGUCUUUGUACAGACUCUACUACACUUAGCAGCCAAAUCAUUCAGUCACUCCUUCAGUGCUCUUGCAAAGUUUCAUGAAGUCUUCAAAACCCUAGCAGAAAGUGAUGAGGGAAAGUUACACGUGCUGAGAGUUAUGUUUGAGGUUUGGAGGAACCAUCCACAGAUGAUUGCUGUACUAGUUGAUAAGAUGAUUCGUACACAGAUUGUUGACUGUGCUGCAGUAGCCAACUGGAUCUUCUCUUCAGAACUCUCUCGUGACUUUACUAGAUUGUUUGUUUGGGAAAUCUUGCACUCUACAAUUCGUAAGAUGAACAAACAUGUUCUGAAAAUCCAGAAAGAGCUAGAAGAAGCUAAAGAGAAACUGGCAAGGCAACACAAAAGACGAAGUGAUGAUGAAGACAGAAGCAGUGACAGGAAAGAUGGGGCCCUUGAGGAACAGAUAGAAAGACUGCAGGAAAAAGUAGAAUCUGCUCAGAGUGAGCAAAAGAACCUCUUCCUUGUCAUAUUUCAGCGUUUUAUCAUGAUCUUGACCGAGCACUUGGUACGAUGUGAAACUGAUGGGACCAGUAUAUUAACACCGUGGUAUAAGAACUGUAUAGAGAGACUGCAACAGAUCUUCCUGCAGCAUCACCAGAUAAUCCAGCAGUACAUGGUGACCCUGGAGAACCUGCUCUUCACUGCUGAGUUAGACCCUCAUAUCCUAGCCGUGUUCCAGCAGUUUUGUGCUUUGCAGGCCUAACAGUCAUGUUUUCCCUCAUGUCAAUUUUUUUAUUAUUAUUAUCUUAAAAUAAUUUGUCUUAUUUUUGAUGGUUUGAAUGUUUGCUUUCUUGAGUAGCCUUUCACUUCUUAAAGGAAACCAAGGGAGGGAAAGAACAGUGAAGAAUAUAUCACCCCUAAUUGCCCUACAGAGCAAUGACUUGAUGAUGACCAUGAUGUAAUAUAUAUGUAAUGGAUACAACUUUUCUGUGGUGAAUUUGAUAUUUUUUUUCUCAUUAAGGCACAAAACAAAGAUUUGAGGUAUGAGAAAGACUAGCAAUCGAACUUAAAAGUAGGAAAUAGAACUGAGAGGUUUAUUACCAGGUAGCCUAACUUUUCAUAGCUCCUGGUUAACCAGACAUGGGUGAAAUAAAAACUAAAACUUAUGUUUUUAAAACUUUUUUAUUUCAUGAUUUAUCAUCGUAAUUUUUUUAUUGGUGGUUUUUACUGAAGGCAUACUUCAUUUAAAAUUUUAAAAUUUCUUUUCAAAAAAAAAUUUUCUCCUGUAUAUCUUAUGGCACUCCUUUUUAGCAUAUAAGAGUAUUGUUAGAGUACUAAUUCCCAAAUUUGUCUUAAACAUAAUCACCUGUGAAUCUUUAAGGUUAUUUUAAACCAUGAUCUUGAGUUAGAGCAUAGGUGUUAUCAGUUUUUAAAUUUCUCCAGGUAAUUCCAAGUUUGUGUUAAAGCAUCUGGUCAUUUCCUAUAGCCUUUGAGAGAGAUUUGUCCAAGGUCCUAUAGUGAUUCUGUGCUAAUGUACAAUUAGAACUAGAAAGAUUAGCUAAAACUGUACUUGGAAUUAGAUGUAGGUUUGGGUUUUUCUCUGUAGCGCCUAGUUCAAAUAACUAAUUCCUAAGCCUGCUGAGGCUCAAAUAAAAGCAGUUUUGUAAAAUUAUGUAAUUAACUAUCUGACAUUUCCAAAUUUCUAGGGGUUUUAAACUUUUCAUUAAACUUUAGAAAAAAAUCACUAAAAAUCCUACUAUUAAUGGUAGCAUUUUUGUGUAUUUGAUAUCUUUUCUUACCUGUGACAUCCUAAUAAGUGGUGCAUUAAGCAUUGUUCAUUUUUGGAUAUUAGUCUCUUUAGUUUACAGUACAUCUUAGUGGCUACAGAAUAUGGUCCACUCAAUGGAUAAUUUCUAGGACUUUUAAAUACCUGUCAUUUGAGGCAGGAUAUGGUUAUCUAGUGGCAAGUACUAGCACAAAGGACAAAAUGUGGGUCCUUGGCUAAAGAUUCUCUAUUUACACUGUUCCUCCUCCCUCCUUUCUUAAACCCAGCACACACUGUAUAAUUAAUUUCAAAUGGCUCCUGCCUCAAGAAUCCAAAGAAUAACUAUUUAAGGCAUUGGUAACCUUAUUUGAUCUUAAAUUGUUUUGUAAUCCUUUCAUAAUACACAAUGGAGUUUGACUAGUUGUAUUUGCUCUACAUUCUAGAAAAUUUUGUGGCCCUUCAUAUUUCAUAUUGACCCUCUCUUCACAUGUAAUUGUUAUUUCUAGAAACUGUUCAUUGAUGUGCCUCUGCUCUAUCUCAGUAUGGCAGCUGGAAAAACUGAACUGGGGAUUCAAUUUUGAUGGAAGUCCAAAUGUAAGAACAAGUACUGAACAGUUGUUCUCCCUUCUGGUGGAGCUCACACAGACAAAAGGGUAGCAUGUUCACUGUACAUCAUACCUCAUAAUAAAUUGUUAAGUUGUACUGAU